GGAGGCGCUCUGCAGCUCUUUAGUCCACAUAUAAACCCACUAAAGAAAGAAAGAAAGAGCUCGCGUGUGAUGUGUUUGUGUAUCCUCAGUGUUUUUCUCUCUUGAGUGUUUUAAACAGAGUCUUGUCUCUGUGUAUUUUAGUGUUGAUGAUGGAUGUGAUGUGCUGUAAAUCAGUAGGAACUGAUCUGUCCAUGCUGGAUAUUGAUGAUUUCAUGACAGAAAUCUCUCAGCUGAAGAAAGAGGUGGCGUUACUGGAGACAAAGCUGAGGUUAAGAGGAGAUGAAGGACUGAAGAGAGAGGACUCCGAGCUCAGUCUGACUUUACUCUGUUAUACUGAGUCAAAGCACACAGACGCUCAGGACACUACAGUGUGUGACAGUAAUCAGGACUUACAGGAUGAUGAAUCUACUGAUCAAACCUCCACAGAGUCUCUGGAUUCUGUCUGUAACGCUGGAGAACAGCAGCAGAUCCUGCAGACCAAACUCAAGAUGUGUUCAGUUAAACUCAUCGACUGCAAGAACCUCAUGAUGAAGAUCAAAACUGAAACUACAGAAAUAAAAACUGAACCGACAGCAGAUGAAUAUGAAGACAAUCCUAAUGAUGGUCAUGAUUUUAUUCUGUCAGAUGUGAGGAGUGAAUUAUGUUUGGAUGGAGAAAUAACGUCCUCGACUCUUUCCUGCAUCAGCGCUGGAGAGACAUUGAGCUCACAGAGACAUUUAGAGACAAAACACACAGAACAUGAACAUCAUCUGAAGAAACGCACCAAUGAGAGACCCUAUCAGUGCAAGUCACACCAAACACUACACACUGAAGAGAAAGUUGAGAAACCCUUUCAAUGUUCACAUUGUGAUAAACGUUUCAUUCAUAAAUCUCAUCUGAUAGUUCAUCAGAGAGUUCAUACAGGAGAGAAACCUCAUCACUGUAAUGUCUGUGGGAGGAGUUUUAGACAAAAGGGUAACUUAUUUAAGCACCACAGAACUCAUACAGGUAAGAAACCUUACAAAUGCUCUCAAUGUGGGAAGACGUUUACUCGAUCAGGUCAAUUAAAAAUCCAUGAGAGAGUUCAUACUGGAGAGAAACCUCAUCACUGUAAUGUUUGUGGGAAGAGUUUUAAUCAACUUGUCAAUUUAGUUUCACAUCAGAGAAUUCAUACAGGUGAAAAACCUUACAAAUGCUCUCAUUGUGAGAAGACUUUUACUCAGUCAGGUCAAUUAAAAAUCCAUGAAAGAGUUCACACUGGAGAGAAACCUUACGUCUGCUUGAUCUGUGGAGAGAGAUUCACUAAUCCAUCUUAUUUCAGAGUUCAUCAGAAAGUUCACACUGGAGAGAAAUCUCAUCACUGUAAUUUUUGUGAGAAGAGUUUUGCUCAGCGUGUAAGUUUAGUGAGACACCAGAGAACUCAUACAGGUGAAAAACCUUACAAAUGCUCUCAUUGUGAGAAGACUUUUACUCAGUCAGGUCAAUUAAAAAUCCAUGAGAGAAUUCACACUGGAGUGAAACCUUACGUCUGCUCUCAGUGUGGAAAGAGUUUCUCUGAUCCAUCUCAAGUCCGAGUUCAUCAGAGAGUUCACACUGGAGAGAAACCUCAUCACUGUGAUGUUUGUGGGAAGAGUUUUAAUCAGCGUAUCAAUUUAUUGACACACCAGAGAAUUCAUACUGGUGAAAAACCUUACAAAUGCUCUCAGUGUGAGAAGACGUUUACUCAGUUAGCUUCCUUAAAAACCCAUGAGAGACUUCACACUGGAGAGAAACCUUACGCCUGCUCUCAAUGUGGAAAGAGCUUCUCUGAUCCAUCUCAUGUCCGACUUCAUCAGAGAGUUCACACUGGAGAGAAACUUCAUCACUGUGAUGUUUGUGGGAAGAGUUUUAAUCAGCAUGCCAAUUUAUUGACACACCAGAGAAUUCAUACAGGUGAAAAACCUUUCAAAUGCUCUCAGUGUGAUAAAACAUUUGCUCAGUCAGGUCAAUUAAAAGUCCAUCAGAGAGUUCAUAUGGGAAAAAAACUUAUAUCUUACGUCUGCUCGAUCUGUGGAGAGAGAUUUGCUCGUUCUGGAAGUCUUCAGAAUCAUCAGAAGAAACAUACUGAAGAACAAACUACACUGAAAUCAUCAUAUGCGUCUGGUAAAAGGAAAGAGCUCGCGUGUGAUGUGUUUGUGUAUCCUCAGUGUUUUUCUCUCUUGAGUGUAAACAGAGUCUUGUCUCUGUGUAUUUUAGUGUUGAUGAUGGAUGUGAUGUGCUGUAAAUCAGUAGGAACUGAUCUGUCCAUGCUGGAUAUUGAUGAUUUCAUCACAGAAAUCUCUCAGCUGAAGAAAGAGGUGGCGUUACUGGAGACAAAGCUGAGGUUAAGAGGAGAUGAAGGACUGAAGAGAGAGGACUCCGAGCUCAGUCUGACUUUACUCUGUUAUACUGAGUCAAAGCACACAGACGCUCAGGACACUACAGUGUGUGACAGUAAUCAGGACUUACAGGAUGAUGAAUCUACUGAUCAAACCUCCACAGAGUCUCUGGAUUCUGUCUGUAACGCUGGAGAACAGCAGCAGAUCCUGCAGACCAAACUCAACAUGUGUUCAGUCAAACUCAUCGACUGCAAGAACCUCAUGAUGAAGAUCAAAACUGAAACUACAGAAAUAAAAACUGAACCCACACCUGAUGAAUAUGAAGACAAUCCUAAUGAUGGUCAUUAUUUUAUUCUGUCAGAUGUGAGGAGUGAAUUAUGUUUGGAUGGAGAAAUAACGUCCUCAAGUCUUUCCUGCAUCACCGGUGGAGAGACAUUGAGCUCACAGAGACAUUUAGAGACAAAACACACAGAACAUGAACAUCAUCUGAAGAAACGCACCAAUGAGAGACCCUAUCAGUGCAAGUCACACCAAACACUACACACUGAAGAGAAAGUUGAGAAACCUUUUCAAUGUUCACAUUGUGAUAAACGUUUCGUUCAUAAAUCUCAUCUGAUAGUCCAUGAGAGAAUUCACACUGGAGAGAAACCUCAUCACUGUAAUGUCUGUGGGAAGAGUUUUAUGCAACAGGCUGACUUACUAAAGCACCAGAGAAUUCAUAAAGGAGAAAAACCUUACAAAUGCUCUCAAUGUGGGAAGACGUUUGCUCAAUCAGGUCAAUUAAAAGUCCACAAGAGAGUUCACCCUAAAGAGAAACCUUUCGUCUGCUCUCAAUGUGGAAAGGGCUUCUUUGAUUUAAGUUCAUUUAGGGUUCAUCAGAGAGUUCAUACAGGAGAGAAACCUCAUCACUGUAAUGUCUGUGGGAAGAGUUUUAGACAAAAGGGUAACUUACUUAAGCACCACAGAACUCAUACAGGUGAGAAACCUUACAAAUGCUCUCAAUGUGGGAAGACUUUUGCUCAGGCAAGUGACUUAAAAAUCCACGAGAGGAUUCACACUAAAGAGAAACCUUUCGUCUGCUCUCAAUGUGGAAAGAGCUUCACUGAUUUAAGUUCAUUUAGUGUUCAUCAGAGAAUUCAUACUGGAGAGAAACCUUACAAAUGCUCUCAAUGUGGGAAGACAUUUACUCGAUCAGGUCACUUAAAAAUCCAUCAGAGAGUUCACACUGGAGAGAAACCUUACCAAUGUAAUGUUUGUGGGAAGAGUUUUAAUCAACUUGUCAAUUUAGUUUCACAUCAGAGAAUUCAUACAGGUGAAAAACCUUACAAAUGCUCUCAUUGUGGGAAGACUUUUACUCAGUCAGGUCAAUUAAAAAUCCAUGAGAGAGUUCACACUGGAGAGAAACCUUACGUCUGCUUGAUCUGUGGAGAGAGAUUCACUAAUCCAUCUUAUUUCAGUGUUCAUCAGAAAGUUCACACUGGAGAGAAAUCUCAUCACUGUAAUUUUUGUGAAAAGAGUUUUGCUCAGCUUGUAAGUUUAGUGAAACAUCAGAGAACUCAUACAGGUGAAAAACCUUACAAAUGCUCUCAUUGUGAGAAGUCGUUUGCUCAGUCAGGUUACUUAAAAAUCCAUGAGAGAAUUCACACUGGAGAGAAACCUUACGUCUGCUCUCAAUGUGGAAAGAGCUUCACUGAUCCAUCUCAAGUCCGAGUUCAUCAGAGAGUUCACACUGGAGAGAAACCUCAUCACUGUGAUGUUUGUGGGAAGAGUUUUAAUCAGCGUAUCAAUUUAUUGACACACCAAAGAAUUCAUACUGGUGAAAAACCUUACAAAUGCUCUCAGUGUGAGAAGACGUUUACUCAGUUAGCUUCCUUAAAAACCCAUCAGAGAGUUCACACUGGAGAGAAACCUUACGUCUGCUCGAUCUGUGGAGAGAGAUUUGCUCGUUCUAGAAGUCUUCAGAAUCAUCAGAAGAAACAUACUGAAGAACAAACUAAACUGAAAUCAUCUUAAAUUCUUCAAACACUGUUCAUGUAUAUUCGGUGUGAAUGUUUGAGACGAUAACGUGCUAAAACAAAAACAAUUGAUUUCUAAAUAACUUUACCUUGGUUAUUUGCAACAUGAAAAAUCAAAGGUUGUUUUUACCACUGUAUUGAAUUUUUUUCUCUUUCACCUGACAAAUAAACAGGUCGACCAAUGAGAUCUGAGCAUUACAUCACAUUGCCGGAGCCGCCGCUAUUACUCAAAAAGAAGAGACAGCACACAAAACUGUAUAGACUCUUUUACAGCCCACGUGACCAAAUAGCCUUCACGUGCAUUUUGGCAACAGAAGUGGAGUUAUUCCCCAUUGGUUCUAAAGUGUUAUCAACUCAGAAAGUUUAUGAAAACUGUUUCCCAGCAUCAAAAUGUCUGGUGCUUGCGUUUGGUUGCACUGAUAUAAUAUACUAAUAUACAUAUAUAUGUGUCUGGCCACUUUAUAUUUGGGCAUCUGCUAACGUCUUCUAUCUGCUCCUCUAUAAUACACGGAUCUGGUAGCUGUGUUGAAAAAGUUGAUAAAGUAAAUUUUUUUUAAAUACCUUUCUCUGUCUGUGUUGCUUCACUGCUGAUUCUUGCCAUACUUCAAUUGCCAAAAUGUACGCACAUAUGUUGCCACGUCAUCAUUGUAUAUAAACAGUAAAAGGGUCUAUUGACAGCACAUGUAAACCCACCAUUGAAAUAAGUUAAUUUAAGUUAUUUGUAUAGGGCUUUUCACAGUGCAUUAUUAUUAUUAUGAAAGAAUUUAAAACAGCUGCAAGUGUACAAAGAAAGAAUUCAGUUGUCUCUGGGCAAUUAAAAUGGUGCGUCUGGUAAAAGGGUCUCAUUCCCUUAAGUUUGGGAAAAUCCACCAUUGACAUAGAAAUUGGGUUAGAAACUGAAGAUGAACUCCACCAAGGUCUACCACACAAAUGACCUUCUGUAUGUAAAUGAAACAAAAACACAGCAAAGUUAACAGCCCAAAAUGUAAUAAAAAUAAAUAAACAAACACCAUUUGGUAAAACUAUGGGUAUUUAGAGGAAGGUGACAGAGAAUUCUGGAAAUCUGGGAAACCGAUUUUCCGCAUGAUCGCUGUGUGUAUUAUUGUGUUAUA